AGCAGAGCUCUCGACAACCUGGAAGCUUGCAGCUAGCGCCAAGAUUUCCAGAGCUUCAGUUCCAGAGCUUCAGCGCCGCCGCAACCACACACCACACCUCCGCUCCUCGCACACACGGAGGCCAUCACCGCCCGCUUCCUUCCUCGCGCCGCGCGCGCCCUCCCCAACCCAAGCCGCGGCUCUCGAGCGGCCCGUCUUACCUCGUGCCAGCCUGCACCCCGCACAAUGCCUCCGCGGCUGUCCCCACGGCCCUUCGCCAGGUCAAAGGCCCUCGUCCGCCAGCUGCCGACCGACUCGCCCUCAAAGCCUUCCGUCUGUCUCUUUUGCUCGAUAUCGGCAACGCCCACACCAUUCAGUCGCCAGCCGAAACAGAAGCGGCCAAUUCAUGGUCCGGCCAGCUCGACCGCUGCCGCCGCUGCUGCCGCCGUCAGCGCCGCCUCUCCCGGCCCAGAUGCCGCCACGCCCUCGACGGAUCCCCGCCGUGACCUUCAGGAUGCGCUGCUCGAGCUACAGAAGCAUGCUGCCAACUACGUCAACCUCUCUCGCGUCCAGCUUGCUGUCAAUGGCUUGCGCCAGGCGCCUGGCGACGAAGCCAUCCGCGUCGCCGUCCUUGGCAUGAGCAGUGCUUCCGAGUCUGCGGCAACGACAAAGACAGUGGCGAGGCUAUUGCUCGCAGACCCCCUCAAGGACCGGGAGGCUUGGGAAGACGAGAUAGACCAGCACAAUCUCUCCCAACCAAUGCUCAUCCGGGUCGGCCCAAAGCAGCCACAGGCGCCAGGCACAAUCAGCAUAUCCCGGAACGACCUGCUCCACGAGGUGCAUGUGUCGUCGGCUCUGUUCAAUGGCCACAAUCUCGAGCUCAUGAUCAUGGAGAGCAAUCCUCUCACACCCGGCCAGCAAAGUACCGCGGCCGUCAGUGAAUUCGAGGAAAGCGUCCUCGUGCCGAUAAUAGACAUCCCUACGUCCAGCACAGGCAGGUACACAGCAGUGACCACACCGGUACACGCAGCUAUCGUGGUCGCCAAUGGCAUCAUGGGUGCUGCAUCGGUCGCUGCGCUCGCCUCUACCGGAACCGAGGAUGUCAUCAUAGCUGCGGUCAACCUGCCUGACUACAAACCUUCAGCCGACCAGGCUUUGCCUUUCACACCCAUAGACGCGGAGAGUGCGAGCCUGGCAGUGGAUUUGAUUCGCAAGGACAUCGGCAAAGCCGUCGAGUACGAGCACUUGUGGUCCCAGAGCAACCUCUCGCAGCUCAAUGACUGGCUGAAGAAUAGUACCGGUGCGACAGAAGACGGCACCACCAAGGCUCCAGUUCGUAGCCUGAUCGUCUCAAUCCUAAGCAACGCCUCUGCGGCGCUGCAGUCAGAGGAGCUGCGCACGCUCAGCACUGUCCCCGGCAACAGCACCACUGGAUCUGUAAACACAAAACUACAGCGCCAGCUUGACGACUGGGCGCAAGAUGCCCACAAGGAGCUGCAAGACGAGUUAGACAUGGCCUUUGCCAGCAGGAGGUGGCGCAAGCUCGGCUGGUGGAAGUUGUUCUGGCGCGUCGACGACGUUGCCCACCUGACCACAGACAUACUCAACCAGCGCUUCCUUCCCAACGCUGAACGCAAUGCCAUCUUUCUCGCAGGUCGCAUGACGGAAGCCGGCGCGCCCCUGAACCCUUCCCUUUUACCAGCAAGUCACGAGACUGGCGACAAUGGCUCGUCAAAGCCUGAAGCAACAGCGCUCGCGACAGUGCGCCCAUCCUGGCCGCUCAACAUCCCGGCUAGCCGCAACUACCUGCAGACCGAGACCAUCCCAGCCCUGCAAUCCCUCGCGCAGAAACUCGUGGUGCAGACCCUCAGCACGUCGUCGCUGACCGGCGCCCUCGGGGCGCUCGUGUACGUCGGCACGCUCACGACGUCCAUCUACGAGGCCGGCGCGGUCGCCGCGCUCGGCGUCGUCUGGAGCCUGCGCCGCCUGCAGACAAAGUGGGAAGCUGCGCGCGACUUCUGGGAGGGCGAGGUCCGCGAGGAAGGCCGCAAGGCCGUGCGCGGCGUCGAGCGCGUCAUGACCAGCGCUAUCCGUGGCGGUGGCGGCAGCUCAAGUAGCGCACCCGGCGUCGGACAGCUCAGCGAGGACGAGACACAGCGGAGGAAGGCCAAGCUGCUCAUCCAGAAGGCCCAGGACGCACUGGACAGGCUGAAGUAAAAAGAGAAACAAAAAUGUCUGUCUGUACCGUUGCGCUCUUACACGAACUAGAGCUUGUACGAGAAGAGCCUGUGUUUUCAACAUGUACAAUUAUGAGAUAAGAAGAGGACCGAGAGAAACGAGGAGAAGAAGAAGCCAGGCUGAACAUGCCGGCGAGGCUAUGUACUAUUUUACACACACAUAUACACACACCAACACACCUGCACAGAGCAAGAGAAAAAGCACUUGGGGCAUGCAGUUUGUGCCCACCGCUUCAGGUUGACUUUUUCCUGGUUUGUGAUAGUUAUAUAUAUGUGUGUACACAACUAUAUGCAACAUCUAAGAACC